UUUACCUGUUGUGCUAUAUAUUUAAAGGUAAGAGGGAAACGCGAGUGUGACUUUCACCUGGCGUUCUGGAGAGGUAGGAAGGAAGAUGGAUCGAGGAAGAGCUGCCAUGAUUGUUGUGGCGUUGACACUCGUUGUCCUGCCUACCAUUUCCGGUCUUAUUUCAAAGAUUCCGACACCCAAGGAAUUGUAUGACUGUUACCUGUAUAAAUCCACUAACGUCAGCAUGUCGGAAACGCCAGCUAAGAUCAUCCAGGAGUACUGUAUCUCCAUGUACACACUACAACACAUGGACGACCCCGUCAUCUACAAACACAACAUCACCAAGGAAGGCGUCAGAUAUCUGGAAUCAUUAUUCAGACAGCUGGACGGGGAAAUCCACGAGGUCAAGAAGAUCAAAUCACAACCAAGGAGCAAACGUCAGGCCUUCCACACGUGGAGAAUUCGUCAGGAAAUUAGAACCUUGAGCAGGCCACAAUUUCAACGACUUAUAAACUGCUUUAACAGACUCAAGAACGAUUACAGCAUUGAUUCUGGCAUGAGUACCUAUGACCUGAUUGGUUCUCUUCACACCGGGAGAGCAGCGCGACAGAUGCACGGGGGCCCAGGCUUCUUUCCAAGACACAUGCUAAUGAUGUUAAUCAUGGAGACCGCGUGCCGUACCCCGCUGGCGUACUGGGAUAUGACGAUGGAUGCUGAUAUGGUAGAUCCCACGAUGUCUAUGAUCUGGUCUGAUCGUUUCUUUGGUCCUGGGGACGGAGCUGUCCGCUCUGGACCAUUCGGACACUGGAGAACCAGAAUUGGAACUCCGAUCAUAAGAAAUAUAGGAUCAGGCGGGGAAGCGUUGGCCAGGAAGCAUGGAAUCCGUGCAAUGCUAAGCAGAAACAGAUUGAGCGAUAUUUCAGAGCCUCGGAGGGGAAAUUCUGUUUUUUCUGUGGAGGUUCAUCAUAAUGGUUGCCAUAAUUGGAUGGAUGGUCACAUGGCUCGUCUGGCAACAGCGUGGUUCGAUCCCGUUUUCUACUUCAUCCACUCUUUCUUUACACUUAUCUGGAUAGCAUUCAAGGGUCUGCAGAGAACCAGGGGAAUCGACCCACAAAGGGAUUACCCCAUUGGCCGUGGUGUACCACGUGGUCACGAGUACUUCAAUCAAGCAGAUUUCAGACCUUUCCUUCGCCCAAUCUCAAACAUUGAAGCUAUGUCUGACACAUAUGACAGAAUGGUUACCUAUUUGCCAAUGCCUAGAUGUCCACGAUGCGGAGACAGUGAAGAUCUAGAGUGUAGAGGUAGUGUGUGUGUUCCGAGAGCUCGUCAAUGGUCACCUAAUACAUUCUGGAUGUCCAGGAAGAAGCGGAGUGUUAAACAAGAGCCAACGCAGAGCAGUCAUGAUAUUCCACAACCCCUUCCAACAUCGGAGGCUACAGGAGAAUCCACUUCUCAAACUUUGGCAGAUGAUAGCAUCGACAACAAAACCUUGAAUGUUUUGCAGUCCAGUGAAUCCGCUCUUUCUUCACUGAACCAAGCAUAUCAAAAUACGUUUAUCCUUGAUGGAAGCUUAGAUCUGAACAAUUGGGCGUGGUUAAACAUUAAAAUUCUCUUUGAACGUCCAAAAGAUUUAAACUUCCAUUCCGAAUUGCCAGGCCAGAACGCCACAACAGACAUGUAUAAUACAGAAAACUUUCGGCGAAUCGCCGAGAAAAUUGGCAUCCACAACCAAGUUAAUUAUAAAAAGCAAUGUAGCUCCUCCGGGUCCGGAGCUGCUAAGGUAUUUAUUCAGUCCGACGGCUUAAACUAUGCCGGACGGUACAAAGACUACGCCAUCGUUGACGAACGACAACCCGUCUAUUCGUCUGUCAGUUAUAUUGGUAUAAGAAAACCAACCCCAGAGAAGUCUACCAGAGUCAUCCUGUCAGCUUUUGAUACUUGUGGGAGAUCCUGCCGCGCUGCCUGUCCUGUCUUCGGGACGGAUGGAAAACAAUACGAGCCAUGUCCAGGGACCUUCGAGGUGACCACUAAAUUUCCUCUCAUGUAUAGCUCGUCCUACGGCAGCGCCGUCACGGCUGCCUUCAGCGUCCAUUUAGAGGGAAAGGGUCCAAUGUACCGGGUGGCGAACAACCCAAUCACAUUCGUCUGUGAUCACCAGAACAAGUGGCCGUGGGAAUAAACUUAAUCUUUAUAAGUAACUAGUAAAUACUGGAAAAGGUA